GUCAUGAAGAAAGAAUACAUCGUUAGUUUAUGCUCAAAAAUAUUUAAUACUUAAUAUCAUCCACAAUGCGUUUUCUUUUGAUUGUAAUUUUAUCUUUAUCUUGUGUGUCUGUGAUUGGUCAAACAUUGACCAAUGUACGACUUGCAGAUCAUACCAGCUACAUAAUAGAACUUCUUCAGCGGACGGUCGACAUUGCCCAGAAAUAUAACUGGAGCAAACUGAAAUUAGAUGAUAUUGUUAUGAAUAUAGAUGAAGAAGUAAUGAAUAAAACUGUAAGAGGAACCGUUGAAUUCACAAACGGCUUCGUUGUGUCGAUGCAAAGUAUGGAUCUGAUACAAAGCACUGUGCAGCAAGCUUGGCUGUAUGAUAGAAAUACAAAUAUAACAAGACUGGAGUUACGAAGUACACUGAGGAUGCAAGAUGUAGCCAUUGGCUAUGACGUCAUUGCAAAGAUGGAUCAUGAUGAGUUUCACAAUACAGGCGUGAUCGUUCAUCCGUUGAUUCAUUUCCCAAUUACAUUGAUACGCGAUCUUUUCACUGAUGAAUUGUCUUCCACGGGGUCAACGACGUUAUUCACUCACAGAAAUGGAGUUAAAUUUGUACCAGAAAAUACUGUGACGCAAAUUAUAAGUGUACUUUUCCAAUGGAACAGCACAUUUUCGAGUUUCAACCGAUGGGCUACUGAAAUAUUUGCACCUACCGUCCUUGAGUUGGCAAAAACUGAGCAUAAAAUACCAAUAUUCUGCUACGAUUGUCCUAUAGUGUAAUGAAAUUCAAUAAAUAUUUUUUUAAUAA